AAUGGUGCUCUGCGCUGUUGUGGGUUGCCUCAGAGUCCUUCCCAGCAGAUCCCAGUUCUUCCAGUAUGAGCCUGUUACUCUGAGCUGUGAGGGAAACUCGUCUGAGUGGAGAGUCAGAAGAAACACAUCAGUAAAAACAAACGAAAUCUGUCCGUCCCCAUCCCAGAGAAAGUCCUCUAUGUGCUCCUUAACUGAGCUAUAUCCAAUAGACUCUGGAGUUUACUGGUGUGAAUCUGCAACAGGAGAACACAGCAAUCAAGUCAACAUCACUGUUACAGAAGGACCGUUGAUCCUGGAGAGUCCUGGACAUCCAGUGAGGGAAAGGGAACACGUGACUCUUCACUGCAGAGCCUUAUCGUUUGUCUCCAAUCUUACUCAUUUCUAUAAAAAUGGCGUCCUCGUUGGGACCAGCUCUACGGGAAACUUUUCCAUCCGACGUGUUUCUAGAUCUGAUGAAGGACUCUACAAGUGCAACGUCUCUGGAGUCGGAGAAUCCCCAGAAACAUGGCUGGCUAUCAGAGGGCACAGUCCUCCAACGCCUACUGCUCUCCUCACACACAUACUACUUCCUGUUGUGGCCGGCUGUUUGUUGCUGAUCUAGCUGAUGUUGCUCUGCCUCUGGAGAAACCACAAAGCAUUUCGGCAGCUUCAACUUCAGAGUUCAAUUCUCGCGUUCUACAGCACCGCAGCUCCGAGGAUGAUACAUGCAGUGUGUCUUUAUGUCACAGCCCAAGAACUUACUCACAUCAGUCACGACCUCGUUGACAAAAUGGAAUUCAUUGUCACUGGAAAUCCAAGCUGGAAUCCACCAACGAAAAAUAACCUCAUUAAAAAAGACUUUUGUGACAGCAUGGCUGUCAGCCUUUUUAGAAACAAAAGCCUCAGUCCAUUUACUGAACAUAGCCACGAUAACAAGGACAAACUUCUUACCUUCAGAAGGAGUCAGUUCAAUGUCCAUCGUUAUGUGGUCAAAUGGUUUGACCUAGAGUCCUCUGAGGGGCACGCCGUGCAUUAAAUGAAUAGCAGAUUAUGCAUGACUGCUUUCAUUUUAUAAUUGGUGCGACAGCUUCUCUAAAAUGUCCAGAAGAUGGCUAUAUAUUUCACAUCAACAGCCUUACAUCAGACCAGAAAUCUAAUACAUUAUUACCUGUGUUUCUUUGGAUGCUUUCCAAACAGUAUUGAGAGAUCCUAGAGCUGUGGUUAGAUAGUAAGAUUAUUUUUGAUUUUUAAGGUUUUAAUCAGUCCUGUCAUGAAAGUCAAGAAUGCUUUACUGUCAGGGCCUGACCCUUAGGGGCUGAUUUAAAAAAACAAAAGGGAGGAGGGACAAAUUUUAAAAUGGAGCUAAUUUAAUAUUCAAUAAAUAACUAAAGUUAAGCCAAAUUUAUUCAUGCCUCUGGCAGGUUCAAAUUUAAAAUAAUUUAAUAAUUUUCCCAACGUGGUUCUUCUGAUCAGAAAAAAAUACUAAAGUUUUGAAGUGGCCCAGUGAGAAUGAUGACUUUAAUCUUAUAGAGAAUCUGUGGAAGGAGGAAAUGAUUAGGGUGAUGACAUAGAGACGUUCUGAACUCAAGGAUGUGAAGUUCUUAACAGAAGAUAAAUAACCAAAAUGUUCUUGAAAACAUCAGCAGGGAUUGAUUGCUAUAAUCCUUAUAAAGAUUUUUCCACUGAUUAUUGGGAAGUCUACACAUUUUUUUUUUUUUGGAAUGCUAUCUGUUGAUAAAAGGCACUUCAAACAAAUGUGAAAUAAAAUACAAUGCACGCCUACUGUGUAGUAGAGACAAAUGUCCUGGUUCACAAAAUUACCAACUGGAAAUCCUGAAUGAUUUCCCCUUAUAGAAACUGUGGAAUCAUAUGUUUAGUCAAAGGGAGUGUAGGGUGCAUCUCUGAGAUGACUGCAGCUGACGUAUGGUGUUUAGCAGAGGUUUUAGAGUAAUGAGACCUGAUCAGCACUGGCACAGUGUUUCCGCAGUAGGCUAUUGCUGUAAGUGUUGAUCUCCAAAGAUAAGAACCAAGCCUGGCUGGCUAAAGUGGCCACCAGAGAGCAGAGUUGGUGGAACGGUGGAAGCCAGAGCAUACAUACUCACGUACUACACACAUUGGUGAUUACUACGUGUACAUCUUAAUA